AUGGAGAGAAUCCAAUACAAUGGUGCCAUUUCGGCAAUCGAUGGAUUGUUCGCACUCUUUGUCUACCUUGACAAGACAGAAUCUGAGAUGAUGCCCACUUUUCACGAUGAUCUCCGCCAUCAAAUCGACCGCUAUUGGCAAGGCCUUCGACAAAUUGCAUCUUCUCACACAGCACCUAGCCUUACUGCUCUCUUUCAUUCUUUCAACUCUUCAACGCAAUUCUACGAGGUAGCUAUCUUCACUUUUCGCAAUGUCCUGGUUGGCGCCAAGCCAGAUUCCUUGAAUGCCAUCUUCUCCCUCUGCAGUUUGUCCUACAUCGCUUCAUGCUGCCUGCGAAACUUCGACAAUUUUCGGGACAUUAGAGUCUGGCGAAAUGCUAUUAGCGAUCCUCAAGAACGAAAAGCAUUCCGUGAUUUGGCCGGUAUUAUUUGGCCACAUGUGUCUCCAGUCUCAAUUGAGGAUACCCUCUAUUCCCAGUUGCCGACAGUCACCAGGCCGGGGACUACUCACCAAAACGCAGCCACCCAUAUCUCAGCAAUUGGAUUCGACUUUGUUCCUGAUGAAUGGUUAUCCAAUGACUUGCCCGAUGCCGUUUUGGAGCUUGAUGCGAUGCCCGAUUCGUCGGCUACGACUAGCAUUGAGAACUCACAGCGAAGUACCCUCAAGGACUUACAAGGUUCAGCGAUCGUGUCUAACCUUAUCUGUUUUCUGGCAGAAUGCGGGGAUCUACUCCACGUUUUCGCCGGGCGUGGGUUAACAGCCAAGGACCUGUACUCCUGUAUCGCCUUCACUCAGGGAGGUUCUCAGGCUAAAUUUGCGGUCAACGCUUGUGUGAAACGUCUAAAAAGCGAUGAAACAUACCAAAGUCCGUCUUCAGCGGGAAUUUUGGCCAUUGUGGAGAGAUUCAUCGCCCUCGGGUAUCUACAGACCCAGGAGGAACUACGCAAGUACAUGCUGUGCGUUGGGCGGAGGGUCAUACUUGAAGACGAAGCUUUUGCAGCGUUUUGUCAGUCCGUUUGUGAAUCAACGGCCACUGUUACAAGACCUCCAACCCCUCCACAUAGAGGUCGACGCAGGGGACUGGGACCCAGAUUGAUCCCGGGUCGGUAA